AUGAAGGUCCUCGUUUGCGGCGGAGGAAUCAGCGGUCUCAUCUUCGGCAUCGCCAUGGGCAAGAACCCCAACGUCUCCGUUGAGAUAUACGAAGCUGCUCCAGAGUUCUUGCCCAUUGGCGCUGGUAUUGGGAUUUGGAUACGAGUAUGGGAGAUUAUGGAAAAACUAGGUUUGGCGGAAGCGUUAAAGUCCAAAACGGCCUCGGCGACUACUCCUGAUCCUAUUGACGCGUUGAUAUUUCGAAAGAGCGACCAGCCUGAAGGUCUCGAGUUCGGAACGUUGGUGACCAACGGCCCAUUCAUCACCUUCCACCGACACGACUUCCAACAAACCCUCAUCAACCACCUCCCUCCCUCCUGCAAGAUGCACCACUCCAAACGGCUCUCAACCUACACCACCCUCCCCAACGGCAAGAUCCGUGCCUCCUUCGAAGACGGAACCCAAGUCACCUGCGACCUGCUCAUCGGCGCCGACGGUAUCAAGUCCACCGUCCGCGAUAAUAUGUUGAGGCAGAAGGCGGCGAGGUAUGCGGAGGCUGGGGAUUUUGAGGCGGCGUAUAGGUGUUUGAAGGCGAACCAGCCGGUUUGGGCGGGGACGAUGGCGUAUAGGGGGCUCAUUCCUAUGGAGAAGGUGCAGAAGGAUCUGGCCAAGGGGAAUUUGACGCUGGAGGAGUGUCAUAUUCAGCAUAUGGGCAAGAAUGCGAACCUUAUUGUGUACCCGAUAGCGAAUGGGACUAUGGUCAACUUUGCGGCGUUUUAUCACCAACCGGAUAAAGUUGGUACUGUGUUUGAAGGACCAUGGGUGGCGAAUGUGUCCAACGACGAGCUCAAAGCCGCUUACGCCGGUUGGGAACCGUCCGUCCAGUCAUGGCUCAAGUUCGUGGAGAAUCCAUCUCGUUGGGCCAUCCACACGAUCGAGAAGUUGGACUCGUAUGUUGCAGACGGGGUCGUUCUAGUCGGUGACGCGGCUCAUGCGAUGGUUCCGCAUCAAGGUUCUGGUGCUGGUCAAGGAAUCGAGGACGGCUACUUCCUCGCAACCCUCCUCAGCAACCCAUCCAUCACAGCCCGCGACAUCCCAAAGGUCCUCGCAGUAUACGACGCCGUCCGGCGCCCCUUCUCCCUCGAAGUCUGCCGCCGCUCGCACCUCAACGGCUCCUACUACACCAUGAACAAUCCCGAUUUCAAGUACCGUCUUGCUGAGGCUUUACCAGGUACACCAGAGCAGGAGAAAAUCCUGAAAGAGCUGGCGGGGGCGAUUAAGAGUAAUUGGGAGUGGGCGUGGACGACGUCGUUUAAUGAUAAUAUGGAGGCUGGGCUUGUGAUGUUGAAGAAGAUGAUGGCCAACCCUGGGGCGUACUCAGAGUUGGGAGGAGUAUCUGCUGUUUUGUAA